CUUCAUACUUCUAGUUCAGAACAGUGGUGCAGAGGUUUCAUCGGUUUCAUCUUUUUGCACGUGUUUGCAUGUAGCAUUUACUUUAUAUUUAAAUUUCAUGUUGUCACAUAACUUUUUAGUGUUUAAGUAUUAAAUAUAAAGUAAACUACGAUGGUUGUAAUAGGUAAAAAGAAGUAUCAAAGUGGUGAGGGAGCGCAGUUUAUGACGAGGAGAGCUGCUCUCAGGAAAUUACAGUUAACUUUAAAGGAUUUCCGUAAAUUAUGUAUAUUAAAAGGCAUAUAUCCAAGGGAACCGCGCAAUCGUAAGAGAGCGCAGAAAGGUGAACCUGGUAUUAAAACUUUGUAUCACAAAAAGGAUAUUCAAUUUUUGAUGCACGAACCGAUUAUAUGGCAACUAAGAGAGUACAAGAUAUUCAACAGAAGAAUUGGAAGAGCGAAGGCAAUGAAAGAUUUUGCCAAAGUAAGGAGAUAUCUGAAUAACCAUCCUGUAUUGAAGAUAGAUCACAUAGUCAAGGAGCGUUAUCCAACGUUUAUAGAUGCAUUACGAGAUUUAGACGACUGUUUGACUCUUUGCUUUUUAUUCAGCACAUUCCCAUCAUUGGCUCAUAUACCGAGAGACCAGUCGUUAUUGUGCAGAAGACUAACGAUAGAAUUUCUUCAUGCUGUUAUUGUUGCUAAAGCAUUACGUAAAGUAUUUGUAUCCAUCAAAGGAUAUUAUUAUCAAGCAGAAUUAAAAGGACAAACAAUAACAUGGAUAGUACCGCAUCAUUUUUGUUUCGAGCCUCAAACAAAGGAUGAAGUUGAUUUCAAAGUCAUGUCUACAUUUGUAGAAUUUUAUAUCGUGAUGCUUGGUUUUGUGAAUUAUAGACUGUAUCAUACUCUGAAUUUGCAUUAUCCACCCAAACUGACAAAUUCUGGAAAUAUUGAAAAAACGCUGGUUGAUGAAGAAGCAUUUGUCUCGGAGAGGAUAAGCGCAUUAAAUGUUUCAUUAGUCAAUUUGGAUUCUUCAUUAUCGGAGGUUGAAGAUGAUAUUGAGUUAGAUCAAUUUUCUAAUGAGACGGACGCUGCCAAAGUAGAAGCUGCUAAGGCAGAAGCUGAAAAGAUACGAAAACUGAAAAAUUUGUUUAAGGGUCUGAAAAUUUUUAUCAACAGAGAAGUGCCUAGAGAACCGUUAGUAUUUAUUUUACGUUGCUUCGGCGGAGAAGUAUCUUGGGAUAAGUUGCUCUUUGUUGGAGCCACGUUUGAUGAAAAUGACGAAACAAUAACUCAUCAAAUUGUAGAUAGACCGAGUAUUAGCAAACAAUAUGUAUCAAGAUUCUAUGUACAACCACAGUGGGUUUUCGACAGUGUGAAUGCAAGAGAAUUAUUGCCCGUAGAAAAAUACUUAAUGGGUGUUGUGCUUCCUCCUCACCUUUCGCCAUUUACAGAGAAUCGACAAGAUCAAACAUAUAUUCCUCCAGAAGAGCGUGCUCUUAUGGAUCCUGAUUAUAAAUUAAAUAAUAUGGAAACAGAUUCUGAUGAAGAUGAGAAAGAUGAAGAAGUCGAUGAUAAAAAUAAGAAUAAAAAAGAAGAAAUUGAAGCUGAAAACGAUUUGAGUUCCGGAAACGAAGAAGAGGAAGAAGAAGAAAAAGAUGACGAUAAUGAUGUGCAGAUUGAGGAAAAAGAAAAAGAGAAGAAGAAAAAACAAAACCAAUUGCAAAAGAAAAAAAAGAUGAAGGUACAGGCUGGUGAGAUUAUAAAGGAAAAUUCAUGGGAGAAGGCCCGACAGGAAAAACAAGAAUACCGUCUCAGAGAGAAGAUGAUUAAAAAGAAACAUCGCAAAUUGUACAAGAGCAUGAUGAAAGGUCGAGAGGAAAGAGCUAAAGAAAUUUGGCUCUUGCGAAAGAAAAGGCGUAUCCAUGAUGCUAAGGAAAAAGAGAAACGAAAAGAACAAAGAAAAGCAAAUAAAAAUAAAUCUGUCAAGUAAAAUGUAACGACGUAUCAUUUAAAUACAAAAUAAAAACUGUUUACGUUUA